AUGUUGGCUGAGAAGAACUUAGAACCAAAGGAUGUGGAGCUUUUUGAGAAAGAGAUGAAGAAAAGGAGAGCAAAGAAAACAUCCUGGCAGGUGCCUCCACAGAGAGUUGAGCCCAAGGAUGCAGCUGAAGCAACGGCGGCCGGGGCGGGCGGGUGCCCCGGGCAGAAUGCCGAGAGCGCCGUGCCGUCCGCACGGGCGGAGAAGCCUCCCCUGGAGCAGCUGUACCGGGAGGGCCCGCUGCUGGGGAGCGGCGGCUUCGGCAGCGUUUACGCCGGGACCCGGCUCGCCGACGGCGUCCCGGUGGCCAUCAAGCGAGUGUCCCGGGACCGCGUCUUGGAGUGGGCGCGGCUGCACGACGGCGCCCUUGUGCCCCUGGAGCUGGUGCUGCUCUGGAUGGCGUCGUGGCCCGGCUUCCGCGGCAUCGUGCGGCUCCUGGACUGGUUCGAGCUGCCCGACGGCUUCGCGCUGGUCAUGGAGCGUCCGGAGCGCUGUCAGGACCUCUGGCACCUGCUGCACGCGGGAGGGUUCCUGCCAGAGCCCGUGGCGCGGGCGCUGUUCCGGCAGGUGCUGGGGGCCGUGCGGCACUGCACCAGCCGCGGCGUCCUGCACCGCGACAUCAAGGCCGAGAACGUGCUCGUUGACCUGGCCACCGGCGAGGCGAAGCUCAUCGACUUCGGCUGCGGCACCAUCCUGCAGGACACGUUCUACACCCAGAUGGCCGGAACGCGGGAGUACUACCCACCGGAGUGGAUCCUCUUUGGCCGCUACCAUGGCCAGCCAGCCACCAUCUGGUCCCUGGGCAUCCUGCUCUAUCUGCUGGUGUGCAGGCACCUUCCUUUCAAAAGCAGCGAGGACAUCGUCCGGGGACAGCUCUUCUUCCCGCCCCGGGUGUCUCAAGAGUGCCAGCACCUGAUCAGGUGGUGCUUAUCCAUGGACCCUGCAGACAGGCCAUCCUUGGAUGACCUUUUACCAUUGCCUCCCAUCCAGAAGGGCUCUCCUUCAACCAAGUCAAAUAUGAUGUCCAGAGGAGAGCGGGACAAUGGGAAAAAUGGCACUGGCUACAAGGAGGACAAUAUUAGAAACAACCGGGACCAGGAUUCAGAGGGUAAGCCAUUGCCUCCCAUCCAGAAGGGCUCUCCUUCAACCAAGUCAAAUAUGAUGUCCAGAGGAGAGCGGGACAAUGGGAAAAAUGGCACUGGCUACAAGGAGGACAAUAUUAGAAACAACCGGGACCAGGAUUCAGAGGGAAAAGCACAUAAGGUAAGCAGUGGUGGUCGAAUAAACAUCCAUAAAGUCUCUGGGCGAUAUUCAGUCUCAUAG